AUCUGUUUAUACCAACCUACUUUUCCCGUACAAGGCCACUGUUUAGUUUGAGUGGACAUCAUGAUGUGGGAGGUGGUCAUCCCAAAAGGCCUGUCAGGUGCCAACCCCAAACAACACAAGGACGCAGAGCAUCAUAGCGAAUGCACAGAAGCAAUGACAGCACAAUCACUAGACUCAAGGACAGCCACAUUAACAGAAUAUGCUGAUCUACCAAAUCUGCAGAAGGUCCCAGAGGAAAAAGAGAUCACAGCGGUUUAUCAAGUGGAGGUGGGCCCGGCACCGUCACUUCGGGGAAGCCGUGCGCAAUGGGGAGAUACCCAUUGGUUGACGCAACUAGCUCACAUUGCUACUGGGCCUCAGAGCCCACUACUACAGGCGGUUCCACACAGAAAUGAUUUACAUUCAUACGCUCGGCCUCCCCCUGCUAACUCCACCAGAUGCUCACUAUCCGAUGAUGACGACACAGCCUGGAGUGUUGCCUGGCCUGACACUGCCUGGCAUUGUUUUCUUAAAGGUACUCACCUGCGUUUCCACAGUGGCUCCAAUGUAAAGUGGCACAAUGUCGAGGAUCUUCUGUCUGUAGAUGAGGAAGAGUCUAUAUCUUUGAAGAAUUACGGCUGUGAAGGUUUGCAGCUUGUGGCCUAUUCAGAAAAUGUGCUAUCCGGUCAGGCGGUGUUGCAGCUGACCUUUGACCCUGGCGCUUCUGGCCAUGGCUUGUUAAGUGCACGCUGUCAACUUGACCAUCCAUUCUACGUCAAAAACAAAGGUUGGUCGUCCUUCUACCCGAGCUUGACAGUGGUGCAUUAUGGGAUAGCGGGUUAUGAAAUGGAGAUAGGCGACAUGUGUCUGCCUCCGGGACACAGGGACGCCGAACAUAAAGAUGAUUCGCUUGUCUUCGACACAUUUAAAAGUUAUGAUUUCACCCCUCUGGACUCCUCUGCGGUUUACCUGCUAAGCAGUAUGGCCCGACGUCGGCAUGCCUCCCAGUCCAGCGGGGGAGCCGUUUCACCAGACAGAGACACGUUACAAGGCAAGCCCACGCCCAGCCACUUCCACUCACACCGCAAGCCAAUGAAAAACAUCAGUGUCAGCCCAGCAGAAAGUUACCACGCAACCCCCAAGUGCAAGCGACCAAUGAACGCGUUCAUGCUUUUUGCCAAGAAAUUCAGGGUGCAUUACACACAGAUGCACCCAGGCAAGGACAACAGAGCAAUCAGCGUGCUCCUUGGCGAACGCUGGAAGAAAAUGCGAAGCGAAGAGCGGCGCAUGUUUACCUUACAGGCCAAAGCGCUCGCCGAUGAACAGAAGAGGCUCGACCCGGACUGCUGGAAACGAAAACGCACUGACUACGGUUUUCAAGGAGACAAGUAAAGAGCAUUAAUGGACUACGCUCAAAUAUAGAAUGGACUUCAACUUUAAUAGCUUAUGCUUUAAAUUGGUGCUACGUAUUUGCUCAAGUGCUUUAAAAAUCAGGAAUUCUUCAUAUUUUCAACCUUGAAUGGGGGUUUCGAUUAAAGUAUUUUUCUUUACUAACUAACGCAGCACAUAUUCUGUGAAUACUAUGCAUAUACCUUGGCUGGCAGUGAAUGAGUUAAUUGAUCCUCAGUGUGAGCAGGUGCUUUUAUUUUUUUAUUUGAAAAAGAAAUGAUUUAUAUUUGCAUGUUUUAAUCAUUAUGAAAAUGAAACUACAUGUGUUGUAUUGUAAAUGAGUAAGCAGGUAUUUUACAACUGCAAUUUGACAUAUUACACAUACUUUACAUGCAGUCUGUAUUAUUUACAAGGUUUAUUUAUAAAGCACUAUAUACACUUUAUCAUGUGUGACUGUUAUGCUAUCGUGACAUAUUUUUCAUAACUUUGUGGAUUAUUUAGUGGUGUAUUUUUCUUUUUGCUCUAAAAUAAAGUACGGAAAUGUAAUAAAACAAAAACACCUUUUGUCAAUCAUUUGUGUACAAAAAGAGACGUUACUUCUCCCCAAAAACAUAUUCAAGUCUUUAUUCAAUCUGUUCCUAUUUACAUACUGCACAGUUAAAUGUGUUAACUCGCUACAGUUGCCAGAAAAAUUUGAAAAGAAAAAAAAAAGCGUUAACAAAUGAGUUAAAUCUAUCAUCCAUAAGUGGAAUUAUUAAAUAGAAUGUAUGUGUAAAUGGCUAGAAAAAUGUCAUAGAAAAUAUAGAUACAGUAAGAACAUACAGUAUUUUGGCCUUUUGGUAUUCAAGGGAUAUUUACACAAAAAGUCUUGAAAAAGGCUAAUUGAUUGAUCGUGUUUGAUUAGGGACAAAAUACUGACAAAAAAGUUCAAUACAACAGAAUUUUGAUGGAAUGUCUAAUUUUUCAUAUUAGACUGAACAAGUGCAAACAAGACAGUAGCCACCUUUAGUAAAAAGACGAUCACAGAGCAUUAUUUUGGUUUAGUCCAACAGUCGCGGUAAGUAAAUUUGGCUUUACAAGUUUGAACUCAUUCGCUGCCAUUGAUGGCAAGCUCAAAUGGAUCGGACAUCUAUCGCCGUCAUUGGCAGCGAAUGAGGUAAGGACGAGUCGUGACAUUUUGUAGAACAAAGACAACACUGACCUGCACAUGACUUGUCAUGUUAUUAUGUGUUUGUGUGUGUGUGUCAUCUACAUGAGUGACUCAAGGCUUUCAGCAAUGUUGGCCUUCCCCAGAAGUACUGAUCCGUUAGUUUCUGGACUCUGGAGGGCUCGCUGGUCCUCUUGGCUGCUCACCAGACUCAACACAGCCCGGUACAAAUACUGGUACUGCUCCUAAAAUGGGUAAAUAGUCAUUAUCUUGGAUUAAAAAUGUAUUUAACCCUUUAAUGCCUGCAAUAUGAAGCAAUUAUCAGAGAAUCACAACAUUUGGAAAAAUAAGGUCUUAAUGAAACCUUUUUUUCAAAUUUGUAAAAAGAAAAGUCAAAAUGCAUACGUGUGAUAAGCGCUCUUAAUAUAUUUAACCCUUGCUAACACCUGUUU